UUUCGCUAACUUUGACAGAAUUUUGCGCAUCUCGUCAACCUCGUCUGCUUCCCCGAAGAUGGCAGCCUCCAUUAGCAAAGCACGCCACUCACGCGACGCGGGGUUCCUGCACGGAUGGCAUCGCACGACGAAUACACCGAAUCUCCGCAAUGCGUUUGCUGGGCUACCUCGCCGCGUCUGUGUCUGGCAAACAGCACGAACUCUCAUACCUCGCCAAGAAAGGGGCAGCCAUCUUCUCCAAAUCGAAUGACAUCUACCGCAACCUGGCGCUCGAGCAGUGGAUCUACGAGAAGGUCGAUUUUGAGCCCGGCUCACCGGGUCUGCUCCUGAUGUGGGCUAACGCACCGGCGGUGGUGAUCGGGAGGCACCAGAACCCGUGGGUGGAGUGCAGCCUGAAUAACGCCUCCCGGUUUGGCGUCGACGUGGCGAGGCGGAACAGUGGUGGUGGCACCGUCUACCACGACGCGGGAAACCUCAACUGCUGCUUCAUGGGUCACGAACGAGACUACGACCGCAAGGCUAACCUCCGACUUGUCUGCGAUUCUCUGAGAACUUGCUGGGGCGUGAAUGCGUCCAUCACGAGCAGGGAUGACGUGCUGGUGCAGGACGCCUUCAAGAUAUCUGGCACAGCCUCCAAGAUUGGACACCAAAAAGCUUACCAUCAUUUCACACUCCUGGUCGAUGUCAACACAACUACAAUGCACCAGGUCUUAGGAGGACGAUGUGAGCACAUAGAUAGCAAGGCGACAUCCAGCGUCAAAGCAUCCGUCAAGAACCUGAAAGAACUCUGUCCCAGGAUGACGGUGGAGUCCCUUGCAGAGUCCGUUGGACUGGCCCACCAGGCUCGGCUGUCGCACGACAGAGGAUCCCAGAUCCACACCGUGGACCCUUCUGAAGAGAACUUCCCGGGAAUCGACGCAACCUGUGCACACCUCCGGAGCUGGGACUGGGUGUUUGGCAUGACUCCGCGCUUUACCAUCAGCGGCACCUUCCAGCUGCCGCCGAAGAUAGCCAGCGGAUUGGACCUCGGUGACAUGCUCAGUGGUAGCAAUGCCGCCGUCAUGAGGCUGAGCGUCACGUGUUACCACGGCAAGGUGACAGGCGUGCGGUGCGUGCCCAUCCUCGCCGAAACAGGGUUGCAGGAAGUGCUCGACACCGCACUUCUCGGGGUACGGUUUGUGCGCGGGGAUUUAGAAGAUGCCUUUCGGAAGAUGCUAAUGGUGUCCACCGGGGGUAACCAUGUUCUUGGCUUUAUUGGCCGGUGUGUCCUAACGCUUGUUGCCAAUGCACAAAGAUAGCAAGAGCACAGCGAAAUUGCAGCAGUGAGAUUUGUUGAACGGCCACAUCAAACAAGCUACCUCAGCUACGGUUAGCAAAAGCAAUACUGCUCAGAGUUGUGUGCCCUGUUUAUUUUCUCUGGCUAGUGUUUGAGCGGGUAACACUGCGACGGAAGAUACUGACACACGUAACUGCAUUAGGGCACAGAAGGAAGCCUGUGCUCACAGUGUCUGCUUCAGUCGGGAAGAAGGGCUGACAGACUAGUCAUUCACAUUUCAUGCCAUCGUCGGCCAACUGCUACCAGGCAAAAACCUUGAAAAAGAUAAUGUAGGCAAGGUAUAAAAAAAAAAAUCAAGCGAAAGAAAUGAGUGGAGUCAGGCCAGAAGUUAAAAGAAUUUUCUAUAGUAAUGAGUUGUAACUUGUGAUAACCAAAAUUUUAUCUGUAGACGUCCUUAUAAAAGGUUUGAGCAUUGUUACAGCCUUGAACCAGGCGUGCACAUACCUGUGCUUGUUGAAAAUGCAUAUAUAAAUUUUUUACUUCAGUUAA